AUGCUUCAAAACGGAGGACAUCUUUUUAAAAUUGGUGCUUUGGCUGCUCAAAAUGUUGAACAACGCAUGGGAAUGGCUACAUUAAAGGAUAUUUCAAUUCGUUUGAAAUCAGUCAAAAAUAUUCAAAAAAUCACUAAAUCUAUGAAGAUGGUAGCAGCUGCUAAAUAUGCUAAAGCUGAACGUGAAUUAAAAGGUGCUCGUUCUUUUGGACAAGGAGCCAAAGCUUUCUAUGACAAUAUCCUAUCAGAAAGUACUGGUGAUAAUGCUGAAGCCAACAAGAGAUUACUUGUACUCAUGACAUCAGACAGAGGUCUAUGUGGUGGUGUUCAUUCUUCUAUUGCUAAGGAAGCAAAGAGUAUUCUCAACAACAAAAAAGAUGGAGUUGAUUAUAAAAUAGUCGCUAUUGGAGAUAAAGCUAAACUUAGUCUUCAACGUUAUUUCUCAGAAUAUUUCCUUCUUUCAGGUAACGAGAUUGGUCGUGCCCCACCAACAUUUGAAGAUGCUUCUAUUGCCGCUGAAGCUAUUAUGAACUCAGGAUAUGAUUUUGACACUCUUGAUAUCAUUUUCAAUCGUUUUAAAACUGUUGUUUCUUACGAUACAUCAAAGAUUCAAGUUCUUCCUUUAGAGUCAAUUAAGAAAAAUGAAAAAUUGAAUGCCUAUGAUUCAUUGGAUGAUGAUGUUCUUCAGUGUUAUACUGAAUACUCUCUUGCUCAAAUGAUUUAUUAUGCCAUGAAAGAAUCUGCUACAUCCGAACAAUCAUCUCGUAUGACUGCUAUGGAUGGUGCUUCUAAGAAUGCCGGAGAAAUGAUUGAUAAACUUACACUUCAAUUCAACAGAACCCGUCAAGCUGUCAUUACAAGAGAACUUAUUGAAAUUAUUUCUGGAGCUGCCUGUGUUUAA